AUGACGCUACGAGCGGUUCCUGUUGAUUUUGCGUCCAAAUGGACGGAACUCGGAGAUGUUUGUUUCAAGUUGAUCCGAUGUGAAUAUGUUCCAAAUACGAUCUGGUAUAAAAGUUUCAGUGAUGUCUAUGCCUUGUGCGUGUCUCGUCCUGAUCCUCAAUCGCCCAGAUUAUACGAUGCGGUUACGGAUCUGUUAAAAGAUAGAUUGUCAGAGAUUUUGAAUGAGAUAUCAGGCGUUGAUGUUGCCUCAUUGCUCACAAUCUAUAACCACCACUGGAAUGUCUUCCGUCGCGGAUUACAAGAUCUGGAUAAUCUGUUUAAUGAUCGCUUAGGGAUUGUUUCACACCAAGAUGGUAUUGUUCCUUGCCUCGAGUCCUUCCUUCGUGUUGAUGAGCUGAAAGGACUUACAAAGGUUGCACUAAACGUGUACUCAAAUUUGUUUGAGUGUCCUUUGGUAGAAGAAUCUCGGAUUUGCUAUUCGAAUUGGGCAGCUAAGGCUAUUGCUUCAAUGUCUUGUACUGAUUACAUUUCUGAGGCCUUAAAGUUCCUCAACGAGGAAACGAGUAGGGCGACCAAGUACUAUAUAUAUUCACGGGACCACCUAAUCAGCCUAUUCCACGAAAUCGUUGUUCACCAACACCUGGAAUUUCUCAACUCUAACGUUGCUGACUUCGUACAGACGGAAAAUAAGGAGGUGCUACGCAAAUCCUACCUACUCCUCGCACCAACCAACCAAUGUGCCGAGUUGAUUAAGUACUUCGGUCUACACGUGAAGGAUAAGGUGAAUGCCGUUCUUGCCCGCAUACCGUCUGAUCGUGCGCUGGCUCCAGCAUACUUCGUUGACAACUUGCUCCUAACAAGAGACCACUUUACCAAGCUCAUUGAUGAGGUUUUUGAUGGAACCUGUACGUACCGCAACGAGAUGGACAGGGCGUUUGAGCAGGCCAUAAACUCAGCCACUCCACCUAUGUCGCAAGCUUCAGUGGCGUCAUCUACCUCAGUUUUUUCCUCUCGAAAUACGGUUCGCGUGGCUCAAUACAUCUGCCGCUAUAUGGACGAUUUGUUGAGACGAACGGACAAGCGCUACUCAGACGCUGAUCUGGAAGAUAAAAUUUCCGCCUCCAUUGUCCUCUUCAAGUACAUCGAGGAGAAAGACGUAUUCAAACAGUACUAUCAAAGAAGUUUGUGCUUUCGCCUACUCUUUAAUCCCUCCACCCUGCUGGAAUUAGAGGAGUCGACAAUAACGAAACUGAAUACGGUGUGCGGCUACGAGUUCACGUCCAAGUUCCAUCGCAUGUACGCGGACAUUCAACUGGCCGAGGGAAUGAAUAACAACUUUCGUACAUACCUACGCGAGAAGAGCCUUUCCUUCCCCUUUUCGCAUCACUGUCACGUGCUCACAGUAAGCGCCUGGCCUAUCAAUACGAAGAGCAGCAUAGUCUUUACCCCGCCCCAAGAGUUGAGCGAGUUCUUGAAGCACUUUGAGGCCUUCUACUCUACGUCUUACACCGGGCGCAACCUGCGUUGGGUGCUCUCCUCCUGCACCGCGGAGGUGCGCCUCCUUUACGCCGACCGGCCUUACUCUCUUGUCAUGACGGCGCUGCACGCGGCCACCAUGAUGCUCUUCGAGUCGCGCGACGUUGACCAGAUGACUCUGGGCGCUCUACGCACCGGUCUUCUGGGUGAUGCGGGCGCUGCGGCAGUUGCUGCCGCCGAGGUGGAGGGUCACGAGACUGAGACGCCUCCGGAGGACAUCAUGAAAAAGGCUGUGGCGCCCCUCAUUGAAGCGGGCUUCCUUCGGCUUCUGUACCCCGAUGGACUCAAUCCCACCACUGUCUUUGAAGAUGACGCAAUUGUGACACUAAAUAGGGGCUUUACGAGUCGGCACACCAAGCUGAAGUUCCUCUAUUCCCCCCAAACUCUUUUGAACACUGCAACGGAGGAGGUGGAGCAAGUGGAGAAGGAAGUGGAGGAAGAUCGCCGUUUCUUCACCCAGGCCGCCAUCGUGCGCAUCAUGAAGGGGCUCAAGACGUGUCAGCACACCGACCUCGUUAAGGGCGUCAUUGCACUGUCUAAGGGACGUUUCCAGCCCCAUAUUUCCCUAAUCAAACGCUGCAUCGAGACACUGAUUGAAAAGGGCUAUCUUGAGCGCAAUCCCAACGAUCCAGACCAGUAUAACUAUAUGGCCUGA